GUUUUAUUCCGUGAUGACGGGGGGGGGGUAGAAAAUUAACGGCCAUACAAUUCCCUAAUUUCGCCGUAUUGCAGGCCGGGAAGGACACCGCUGCCAGAGAUCAGCCCUGCGAAGAAACGCGUCGUGAUGUUAUCAGGCUUGUUAAAAUAAAAUUUAACAAGCGCGUUAAAUAAAAUUACUGCAGCCGGUGACAUUGUUUUGUCUGCCACAGUCAUCAUCAUCCGUCCAGUGGAGGCUGUUUUGGGAUUCCAAGCGGAAGCCUUAUCUGUACAACAGAAAAUCCAGUUUCAGAAAAUUAUAGGCACUUUCCAGCCGAAAGGGAACACUCAGUUUUAAGGUGCUUCUUAUCCUUUCAGCAUGAAAUGGAAAUUAGUAACGAAACCAGACAGAGAUAGGGAUACGUCCCUCUACUAUUACAAUAUCUAUGCAAUGGUCCGUAAUGGCAAAAAUGGAGAGCUUCAUUUGAAACAGAUAUCAUAUUACAAACAAACAGGUGGCUAUCAUCCCACAACAUUAGCAAGUGAAAGAAGUGGAAUAAGAAGAGCGGCCAAAAAGUUUGUUUUCAAAGAUAAUAAGCUAUUCUAUGUGGGAAAAGACAAGAGACAAAUGCGUUUGGUAAUUCUUUCGGAAGAAGACAAGAGGAAAGUGUUAGAAAAUUGCCAUGAAAACCAUUCAGGUACACACCAUGGCAUCUCAAGGACACUGACCCUGGUGGAAUCUCAGUAUUAUUGGACAUCAGUAACCAAUGAUGUCAAACAGUGGGUCAAUGCUUGCCAGCACUGUCAAGUUGGAAAAAAUAUAGCUAUUGUGCCCCCCAGAUUCCAUGCUAUUAAGGCAGUGGACCCAUGGACUAUACUUAACUUAGACCUACUGGGUCCUUUUGGUGCCACCAACAAAAACCACAUGUAUGUGAUCCUCCUGACAGAUGUCUUCACUAAAUGGGCUGUGAUUUUGCCAUUGCAUGAUGUUUCAGCUGCUGAAGUUGCUAAGGCAGUUGUCCAUGUAUCGUUCUCUUACGGCCUACCUCAGAAAAUAGCUAUACCUCAGGGAGAGGAGUUUGUUCAUCAGAUCAAUGGUGAGCUGUUUGAAUUCCUUGGGAUGAAGGAAUUAAUAAUGCCGUAUCCUGAAAGUGACCAUGAAUAUGACAUUGGUGAGAGAAUCAGAACUUUCCUCCUCAAAUACUGCACAGAGAACACAAAAGAUUGGGACGACCAUUUAGAAGCUAUUGCAUAUGCUUUCAACUUGUUCCAUUCAAAAAAGGACCAAAACACACCAUAUUUUGAGUUGUUUCAACGAAACCCAUACAUGCCUUCACCUUCAGGUGUGGUUCAGGAAAGGAAAAACGACUGCCUCUUUGCUCGGAUUGUGACUGCAGUAAAACAAGCCAAUAAAGCAGGGCAGGAAAGUACAAGGUCCAGUUGCCAGGAUAUGAAGAAAAUGCAUGUUAAGCUACAGAAGGGAAGUAAGCGCCACAUUAGGAAGAAGCCAAAGCAGUGGAACCCAUAUCUUCUUAAAGUUGGCCAUGAAGUUCUCAGACAAAGGAAAAAUUGGUGGAAAGAUGGUUCUUUUCACGCUGAAUGGAUUGGUCCUUGUAUUAUAGACUACAUCACUGAUAAUGGCUGUGCAAUAUUAAGAGAUGUCGCAGGCUCAAGACUGAAAAGGCCUAUUAAAAUAGCACAUCUUAAACCAUAUAUUAGAGGAUCUCAAGAACAAGGUAGCAGUCACAUUUGGCAAAGUGCCCAUGCGAUUGACCAUGACUAUAUUGCUUCAGCUGAAACUGCUAUGAAGCAAAGCUUAGAAGACACGUUCUUUGCAAAUGGACAAUCUCCUCCUGCCCCUGAGGAUAUCGGGCUGGAAAGGGAUCUUGUUUUAUCCAAAAAUAAUGCACAGCUGGAAUUUAUAGAUACACACCCCACUGACUCCAUUGCCACAGACUCAAAGCAGUGGUCUGCACCUUACUGGGCUCUCCAAAAUAAGACAGAGGCUACUUGAAUCAAGUGCAGUAAGCUUAAAUAGGAGUAAAUGGCACCAGAUUUGUCAAUGCCAUGUAAAGGGCUCUGCUGUGUUUGUUACCUUUGCCAAGAACUAAACAUUGGACUGAAGGACUUAGAUGUGACUGCUGGUCCUGGUAGAGUAGCGUGUUUGACUCGGUUGCUGAAUGGAAGCCAACUGUUGGCUAUAUCACUUUGAUUCAGUUUAACCUGCAAUUGGAUUUAGGCUGGGUGUGUCUGCAAGUAAUGUUAAAGAAUAAUUGAGUAUGAUAUGGUUGAGCAGCAGUGAGCCUUGGGCUUGUAUACUCUCUCUUUCCUCCAUGCAGCCACAGGAAGGAAACUGGAAGCUUUUAUUUCCAUUUUUUUUGGUUAAUUGCAGGUCACUGCUACGUCAAAACCCAGAAAAAUUAUGGUUGAUGUUAGCUAGUAUCUAACAGAAGUUAAUGAGCCCUUCUUGUAUUCCUAAUGUAGGAGCAGAUAACUCUUAGGCUGACAAGCUCAUCCUCUCAGUGGCAAACUAGCAAUUUCAAAGAGGCCACAUACUCUACUAGUUAAGGAAAAUUAUUGAGAACAUGCAUGAGUCAUUCCGAUUGUAAACAAUAAUAAAAUAAUAAAACUGAAUCUUGCUUUUUA